UCCAAGUCAAAGAUUCAACCCAUCCCCAAUUUCACAGCCUUCUCAACACUUCCCAUUCAUCUGAGCCGCCAUCGACAGUCCAAUUCUACUGAGAAUGCUGUGCGCACUCUCUGGUGAAGCUCCCCAGGAGCCUGUUGUCUCCAAGCUAUCAGGCUCCGUCUUCGAGAAGCGAUUGAUCGAGAAAUACAUCGAAGAGAACGGCAAGGAUCCUGUAUCGGGCGAAGACCUCUCUCUUGAUGACCUUCUUCCUAUAAAAUCCGCUCGCGUCGUGCGCCCGAGACCACCCACCCUUACCUCCAUACCCGCCCUCCUCUCUACCUUUCAAAACGAAUGGGACGCCCUCGCCCUAGAGACAUAUAACCUCAACGAGCAGCUGGCGCGGACGCGCGAAGAGCUUGCCACAGCCUUAUACCAGCACGAUGCUGCCGUUCGCGUCAUUGCGAGGCUGACUCGGGAACGCGACGAGGCUCGCGAUGCCCUCUCCAGAGUUACUGUCACUGCCGGUGCACCUAGUAACGGUGACGCCAUGGCUGUCGAUAACGAGGGUCUACCGGACGAACUAGUUGCCAAGGUGGAUGAGACACAAGCAAGAUUAUCCAAGAGCAGAAAGAAGCGGUCCGUACCCGAGGGAUGGGUGACAGUCGACGAGCUUACCACCUUCGCCGUCAAAACCUCCAACUCUCUACCCAUCACCAAACCUACGACUCUUUCGGCUGAAGGGGGUUAUAGUGCUGUUAGUGGCCUGGAGGGCGAGGUGGCUAUAUACUCGGUCGAGGCGGAUAAGCUAGAGCGUUCCUUCACAGUCGGCGAGCCGGUAACAGACUCGAUAUGGGAUGGCCCCAGGCUCUUCUUUUCGACCGCGAAGGGCUCAGUCAAGGUAUUCGAGAGUGGCAGCGAGAUUGCUUCGUUCACAGAGCAUGCUGGGCCAGCUACUGGUCUUGCCAUACACCCGAGCAAGGCUAUUCUAGCCUCGAUCGGAGCGGACAAGAGCUUUGUAUUCUACGAUCUAGAGAACCUCCAGAAGGCCACUCGUGUCUAUACUAAUGCUGCUCUGACGGCUUGUGCAUUUCACCCCGACGGCCACCUCUUCGCCGCCGGUACAGGUGCGGGCGAGAUCAAGCUUUUCAUGACCAACACGGGCGAAGAGGCAGCUGCCUUCUCCCUCGGCGCGCCCAUCCAGGCCAUCGCCUUCUCGGAGAACGGCUUCUGGUUCGCUGCCACGGCCAAGGGCCAGACCACAGUCACCAUCUUUGAUCUGCGAAAGCAAGGCGAUGCGGCACAGGCCAAGGUGCUGGACAUUGGUAGUGCGGUGCAGCAUCUGGCAUGGGAUUACUCGCAGCAGUUCCUCGCGACGGCGGGGCAGGCUGGCGUCACAGUGCAGCAAUACAGCAAGGCUUCCAAGUCGUGGUCGGAACUCCUCGGGUCGGCCAUCAGCAACGCGGUAGAUGUGAAAUGGGGACCGAAUGCGGGCAAGCUAUUGGUGGUGGACAGCGAAGGUGUCAUCAGUGUACUGGGACCUACGGAGUCUUGAGGUUUUGAUUGGUUUAGCUGACUAAAAAAUAAUCACGGAUCGAGCGGUCUUUCGAGGUUGGACUCUAUUAGCUGCGUUACGCGAGGUCGGAGGAUGCAUGGCGACACGAUGCGGCGCGUAUGUAGAGGUACCUACCUGCCUACCUGCUGUGUGUAUAUCAUAAAAUGUGAAUGAUACCUAUCUACCUACUUACCUAUCUAUCCAACUAUCUAUUUUACAUGGGACGUUGAAGUUUGGAUGAUAAUGGAGAGGAUGUCGAGUGAAUUCGGUGCUGCGAUUGUGAUUAUGAAGAGUUUGAUGAUCGAAUGUUUCCGAGUAACCUGUCAUAUCUC